CGCAUUUAAAAAGUAGAAUGUAAUUUUUAGUCAUAAAAUCUUAACUGACCAUUAAUCUGCUAUACCUAGUCCAUAAACCUGAGGUUUCUUCGAGAAACACAUGUACAGUCUUGGCUUCAAUUCUUUGCCUUUUAGCAAAGUUAUUCGAACGUCAUUGGGAUUGAUAAAUAUGUGCUUUAUUACGGCGACCGACAUAAAUCUCGCAUGUGACGGAUGACGUGUUUAACACUAUAAUUUCCGAACGACUCCGAAUAUCAAAAAAUCACUUUCCCCAUAUAUUCUAGACUAUAUCUAGAUACAAUUGAUGUAAAAAAAAAUCGAUUCCGUGAAACCGACACACCGGAUGACCCCCUUAAGUGGAACAAUACCUGUAAAGAGGCAAAAAUAAACCAGUUUUAAAUAUUCUUGAAAACACCUUUGUUUUCUAUUUGCUACAUUCUGCAUCUGACUGUUGUGGACAGAAGAUGUUUUUUUCAGGUUCAGAGAAAGUGCAGGUGUGUCUACAAAGGGAUUCUCACCACAGCUAUCAACUGCUAGCUUUAGGAGCAGAGGUUUGUAUUGUCGCCGCGGCGUUAUGGCUCAUUAACAAAGUUUUAGGCACUCUCUGUAGACCACUUUCAAAAUUAAGUUUCCUUUUCCUUGAAAGAUCAAGAAAACUAUUUUUAAAAAUAGAUUUUAGAAAUUGCAAGUAAUGAGUACGAAGAAAAGCGGCCCUAAGUGCCGCAAAACCUCUAACGAUGCUCAGCGUAUUAACGACGUUUGCGAGGAUGACUUGGGGCGUACCCAAAUCGAACUGCUGGCAAAGACGAACAGCGAACUUAGGGACACUGUGAAAUCCCCGCAGUCUAUACUGGCGACAGUUUUUCCAGCUAUCAACGUGGGAUAACAUGCUGCCCUGACCAAGCCAGCAGAAGUACCAGCUCACUAUCUUCGAGAGAGCGAGCCACGUCAAGCAGCGACUUUGUCAGUCCGUCCAACACAGCAAAUGAGCUAAAGCAGGGAGCCGAAGCAGAAAAGAUGUGCCUUGCGGUCGUCAACGAGGAGUAACAAGAAGACCCCAUCAACUUCGUCUGCCGGCGUAAGAAGCCCCAAAAGCAGCAGGAAGGCAGCCAACAACCAUUAAUGAGAGAACGUGAAAAAGAUUUAUCUUCAAGUCAGGUGUAUAAAGUUAAUAGACUUUGGUGGUCAUUAUGCAUUGGUGCGUUCGUACUGAUAUUGUUGCUGGUCCCGAUCACGCAAAUAGUGAAUAAUUUCUCAAUUUACUUUUCGAAAACCGGAUAUCAGUUACCUUCAUACUACUGCAAAGACGUGUGCAGCAUUUACUUGGUAGAAACCAUUCCUAUUAGGCAUGAUAUGGAUUAUAUUUCAGAACAUUCAAUAUAUGAUGCUUGGCUAAGUUUGUUGGAAGCAGCUGAAAAAACGAUAGACAUAUGUUCGUUUAGUUGGAGUUUGCAAGGAGCGGACCAGAACUACGCGCUGUCUUUUGAAGACAACGACUUAUUUCAAGCUCUUCGAAAAUUCGACUCAAAUAGGAAAGGCAAAGUGAACAUUUUUGUAGAUAAUUUCACUUGGCAGGACGUCACCAUAAGAGAGAUUAGUCCAUUGGAAAAUUACCACGUACAACUCAUGCAUUUGCCUAAAGUAAAGGAGUCUCACACAACUGCCUGGGUAGCCGACAGAAUGCACUUCUAUCUUGGUACAGCCAGUGUCGACUGGAGAUUUUUCCGGCAGGACAAGGAAAUGGGUGUCCUCUUAAAGAAUUGCCCGUGUUUAGCAGAGGAACUGGUUAGUAUUUUUCAUGCGGCGACUGUCCAACCCAGCACAACUGAUAUACGACCCGAGCUUGCCAAAUUACAUCGUAUCGACUUUGACAAUAAAUAUGAAAUGGACUCUUUUUUCACGAUUUCCGGGCCAAUGAAGGAUUUUAUCGGAGGAAUAUCUACAGAAGAUGCCAUAGUUAAAGCAAUAGCAAAUGCCAAGAAAUUUAUUUAUAUUUCAGUGAUCACAUACUAUCCUUUUAAGAAACAACUGCCGGAUGUACUAUAUUUGAGGAAGAUUCACGAAACGUUGUGUGGAGCUAUUGAAAGACGAAAUAUUUCUAUAAAACUUUUAACGUCUUGGACAGAAAGUACAGAUGAAGAGGAGCAAUUUCUCAAUUCAUUUCAACGAUAUGCACAAGAAAUUACCGGAAAAAAAUUUAAAUUGAAAAGGAUUUCCUUUCCCAAAUGGCAUACUAAAAAAGGUUCGAUAGAUCACAGCAUGUUUCUGGUGACCGAUAAUACAGCUUUCAUUGGUAUAUCUGAUUGGAGAGCAGAUUAUUUUUUCGAUACUCCAGGGAUUGGCUUAGUUCUACAAGAAGUGGGCAACAAAGCAGAGCAAACAAUAAGGACUCAACUUAUAAAGCUCUUUCAGCGUGAUUGGAAUAGUCAAUAUGCAUUUGCUAUACAGUUGUGAUGGCCGGGAAAAUAGAAAACAAGUCAGGAAACCGGAAGCUGGGCGCUUCAGGUAUGAAAGGUUUUGUUUGCUUCUUGUGUGAGUAUAUUUGAGUGUAGAACUAUGCCAUUUGUGCACUUCCGGUUUCCCGACUUGUUAUAAAAGUGUUCUUGCGAUGAACACAGCCAACAAUCAACGCCAAAUUUUUACCACUUACUGAUAUUUAUUAUGCUAAUAACUAGUCGUUGAACGAAGAGUUUUUUAUUACUUCCAAAAAAUAUAUUUUUUAAGUAAAAAAUUUUCAAUUUUUCUAUAAUACCUCGAAAAAGUACAAAAUUUUUUAAAACCGUGGUCGUUUAAAAAUUCCCAAAUUGACAAAUUUUUUAUUCAGUAACUAAAUAAUACGAUAUACUAACGAAAUUAUAUUAAAAUUUUGACUUGGGAUGAACUAUUCUCGGGUUAUCGUGUCCACCGCAAACCAUUUCCAAAAAGGUACUCUUGAUAAACUGUAGUAGAUCCACCACCUUUAACUUUUUUUCUUCAAAAAAUACUUUUACAUGUAUCCUGCGAUAUCUAAUCGAUGCUGCCAACAGUUUUUUAAUAAACAUUUAGUAAGCAGUCGAAAGAAAAUCUAAGAAGCAUCGUUAUAUCACUGCAACUGUAUAUAUCCCCUUAAGGGAACACUCUGGUAUCUUUUCAAAAAGAACUUUUUAAAAUUUUAAGUAAAUUUUAGGUAACGGUCAAAUUUUCAACCCGUUUUCCUAAGGGGUUCCAGCCGUGAGGAAUAUACAAUGGGGAGGCUAUGUUGGAGGAAGGGAAAGGUCCCCCUGUUUAACUCGAUUCGAUUCGAUUUUUUUCUCUUUACCUAAUUCGAAAAUAUAACGUAUUGAAAAUUUAUUGUCAAAAUCUCAGAUUAAAAUCCAAAAUAUUUCUUAACCUGUAGCACAAAGAAUGAAUCGUGCCUCAGUAAAUAUACAAAUGCAAAUUAAGCAACACACAUUAUUAUAAUCAGCUGACUAAGGAUUAGACAUUAUGUCAAAAUUUGUAUAUACCAUUAGAAACAAUAAAACGACACACUAUGCAGGAAAGAAUUUCGGAACACCACCUCAGUAAGAUUGGUUACGAUCGAUUGCCAAAACUUUAA